CUGUUUGUUUUUCACGACUUUAAUAACUAUGAUGUCCAUAUCCAUGGUACAGGAAUCGUUACGCAAUAGAUCUUAUGUUGCCAUUUGUUAUCCCGGAAAUGAAAUUCCAAAUUGGUUCAACCAUAAGAGUGAGGGAUGUUCAAUAAAGAUUGAGCUUCCUCGUGAUUGGUUUUGCUCAGAUUUCUUGGGUUUCGCUCUAUCUCUUGUCGUUGCUGCUGCUACAAAUGAUAUGAAGGUUGGAUGCAAGUACAACUUCAAAACUAGUAAUGGUGAAAGCCACGAAGUCAACCAUCAUUUGGAUACUUCGUACCUUGUAUAUGGCAGUGAGUCACAUGACGUGUAUGUGUGGUGGGAUAAUAAUGUCUUUGAAGAAGUUGUAGAGGGAGCUCAAAGCCUCGCUGCAUUUUACAAACUUGUUACUGAGGUCAAUGUUGACUUCACCGCACUGACUGGUAUAUUUUACAAACCUGAACCCGUUCGGGUGGAAAAGUGUGGGAUAUGUAUGUUAUAUGGCAAAGAUGUUGAGAUGAUAAAGCAGAGGGCUCUGUAGAUCAAGCCGAUAUCCCUAAAUUCAAAAUUUCAUUUUAUUUGAGCUGUUUGCUUUGCAAGCCUUUGGCUGAGGACGCUUUUGAGUUUGUUAGGCUUAGGGGUGUCUUUCUUGUUUUAACCCUUGGCCCUCUCCAUCGCCAAGCUUUUUGGCUGAGGAUGCUUUUGAGUUUAGUAAUUUUCUUCAUUCAAUUCAAGUAUUAAAUUGUUAAUAGUCUAUGGAUGCAUUAAAUGCAACUGCUGUGCUUGCUGAAACUUAAAAUUUCUCACUAGAUAUUAUGAGACUGGGGGCAUAAAAGAGUAGAUAUUUUUGGAAA